AAAAUUAUAAAUCCCUUUUGUCUAGGGUUUUCAGAAUCGGCUGAUUUUAUUUUCUUUUUCUGUAACUAAUCAAGAAAUUUGACGGAUAAUUUUGUUGGGCUUUCGUUUUCAGAUUCGGGUUCUUCUUGAUUUUCGAUUUUGCUUUUGGAGUUAAGGAAAGUUUUGAUUUUUUGAUGGUUCAGUUGAUGAAAUCAGGAAACUCUACAUCGGAACCUGGAACGACGUUGUUUCGGAACAUGGUACCAGUGAAAUUAGAGAUCGUUGAAGACUCGUUGGAGGAAGAACACGGCCCUCUCAAUAAGCGAUCUAAACCUUCUUCAACUCUUCAACAACAGCAAUGGAGUGCCUGGAAUAAUGAUAGUAAUGAUGAUGCGUAUCCAAUCCCGCCAUCACAAUACAACCCACUUGAUGAGCCGAGUCCUUUGGGCUUGCAGCUGAGGAAGAGCCCGUCGUUGUUGGAUCUGAUCCAAAUGAGGCUUUCUCAAGCGCCAGAGAAUAAUCUUAAUCCUGGAGCUAAGGAGACUAAAGCUGUGGCAGCUCCUUCUUCUGGUGCCACCGACAAACUCAAGGCUUCGAAUUUCCCUGCUUUGCUUCUUAGGAUUGGAAACUGGGAGUAUAAAUCGAGAUAUGAAGGUGACUUGGUUGCAAAAUGUUACUUUGCAAAGCAUAAGCUUGUUUGGGAGGUGCUUGAAGGUGGUCUCAAGAGCAAGAUAGAGAUUCAGUGGUCUGAUAUUAUGGCUUUGAAGGCAAACUGUCCUGACAACGGUCUUGGGACUUUGAAUGUUGUGCUUGCUAGACAGCCACUUUUCUUUAGGGAGACUAAUCCGCAACCUAGAAAGCACACAUUGUGGCAGGCUACAGCAGAUUUUACUGAUGGACAGGCUAGCAUACACCGGCAACAUUUUCUGCAGUGUCAACAGGGGCUGUUAGACAAACAUUUCGAAAAGCUCAUCCAGUGUGACAUGCGUUUGAAUUUUCUAAGCCGACAGCCAGAGAUAAAUUUAGAUUCACCAUACUUCGAAUCAAGGGCUUUGAUUUGUGAUAAUCCUGACGAAUCAAAAGGUGAUCCAGUGGAGACUACCCAAGGAUCAAGAAUUACUGGAUUGCAGAAUUUGCCAUCACCAGUUGCAGCUAACUCGCCUUCCUUUGACAUCGAAAGAGGGGAACCUUCUGGUAUUGGAUCAGAGAAUAUGUCUCGGGAAGCUCCUUCUCCUAGCUCAGUGAUGGACACUCGUGCUAUUGAAGGGAGUGGACUGUGUGAAGUAAAUUCAAAGGGAAUGAGGAAUUGGGACCAGAUAAAAGUGCCAGGCCUUCACCCAUCGAUGUCUAUGAGUGAUUUUAUGAACCACAUUGAAAACUGUCUUUCAGAUAAGAUAACUGACAGAAAUCAACCUGUGGAGGGAUCAGAUUAUCGUGAGUUACUGGAGGACAUUGCACAGUACUUGCUCAGUGACACUCAGUUAACAACAGCUUCGGAUGAGAAGUCUCUCAUGUCAAGAGUCAAUUCUCUCUGUUGCCUUCUGCAGAACGAACCUGGUGCAGCUCAAAACUUUCAAGCAAACGGGGAAAGUUCUGAUGGUAGACCAAAUGAUGAAAAUGGGAAGAAUGUUCAGCUACACAUCUCUUCCGAACCGUUGUAUGAUAACAAAAAUGGUGAUGAAAUGAAGACUCCUGAAGUUGGUGCAAAAGAUUUCUCUGGCAGCAAGCCAGCCACUGGCAUGUCAAGGAAAGACUCAUUCAGUGAGUUGCUGCUUCAUCUCCCUCGAAUUGCCUCUCUCCCAAAGUUCUUAUUCAACAUUUCAGAAGAAGAUAGUGAGAGUCGAUCAAGAUAGUAUUGUGAAAGAAUACUGCGGUUGAAUUCACAUCUUAGUAUUCUGAAGACAUGGUCUUCUUGGUAUAAUGUACUGGGAUUCUGAAAUUUGAAUUGAUGAAGAAUCCUAUUAGAAUGUCCCUGGUAAAAGUAACAGGUAUUUUAGGGUUCUUGAUUACCCAUAUAAACAACUUCUGGUUAAUUUGUCUGUAAAUUAAUGUUGAUUCUAGCAAGGUUCUGCCUAAUAAAGUGGGUAUUGUAAUUUUUUCAGCCA